GUGAACAGACGAAUUUUCUCUUGCUGCGACCAAAAUCAGUUCGAAUUUUUUCUCAAAUAAUUUGCCUAGAUUUGAGAUCUAUGGCUGACCCCAGUGUACAUCCACAAUAUCGUGACGCGUUAGUCACCGACGAUAAGAUAAGCGGUACUCCGGGUUAUAAUCGUAGUUCUACUGGCCGUAAUAAUCGUUUCAGAGAGGAAUUGCAAGCAUUUAGCAAGGAAGACCAAGAAGUGGGUUCAAUCACUGGCAACGUUUGCGCAAGCAAAUCACGCCCUUACCGACCAUCCAUAAAUGCUGAUAAGUAUUUUGCUAAAAGGAUCAAGAAAUCAGCAGAAGACUCGAAUACAAGCUGCAUUGACGGAGAGGAAUUGCAAGCAUUUAGCAAGGAAGACCAAGAAGUGGGUUCAACCACUAGCAACGUUUGCGCAAGCAAAUCACGUCCUUACCGGCCAUCCAUAAAUGCUGAUAAGUAUUUUGCUAAAAGGAUCAAGAAAUCAGCAGAAGACUCGAAUAAAAGCUGCAUUGACGGAAACCCAAAACUAGGCAAACCAAGCGGCAGUCAGCUGCACAAAAGACGACCAUCGAUAAAUAACGCUCAGGGAAUGCAAAAUCCGUCCACCGAUCGGGAUGUACCCAUUAAUAUGAUGAGCGGUACUCCGGGUUAUAAUCGUAGUUCUACUGGCCGUAAUAAUCGUUUCAGAGACGAAUUGCAAGCAUUUAGCAAGGAAGACCAAGAAGUGGGUUCAGUCACUAGCAACGUUUGCGCAAGCAAAUCACGCCUUUACCGACCAUCCAUAAAUGCUGAUAUCUAUUUUUCUAAAAAGAUGAAGAGAUCAGCAGCAUCCUUUAAUAUACACGACAUUGACGGAAACCCUGAACUAUUCAAACCAAGCGGUAGUCAGCUGCACAAAAGACAACCAUCGAUAAAUAACGCUCACGGAAUGCAAAAUCCGUCCACCGAUCGGGAUGUACCCAUUAAUACUUCCACGAGCUUUAUCCCAAUCGAUGAAAGUGUAUUUGAUGAGUUGCAAUUGACUCCAGAGUCGAGUCAGAGCUCUAAACCUCGCUUUAGCUCUCAACAGAGUUCUCCGAUAGCAAAUGACAAAUCUUCUCCAAGCUCAGAUAGUGAUGGUAAGAUUUCGCCUGACCUUGAGUAUAACUCUACUGGCGGUCUGAACCCAAAUACUAAUUACUUCGGGGAUACUUCGGAGGAGGAGGAGGAGGAGGUUGAUGGAAAAAAAACCGAGAAAAGUGUAUGGUCUGAGUUGGAAAUCUCCGACAGCAGUGGCGAAGAAACUCCCCAAAUUGAGGGCGCUCAACUGUCCAUUGAAGAGCAACAUCGCCAAAUGUUGGGAAACAAGUUGACGGCAAAGUUCAGUGCCACCUUACCGGCUGACAAUUCAGCCCUUCUUGAUGGUCAACCGCAGUACCUAAAAAUGCCCCAUUUCAUAGCUGUGGAAUCCAAGGCUUACGUGGCUAAGGACUUUAAAAAUGCCAUGACUUCUGAGGAUUUGAAAGACGAACAGGCUCGCGAGGAUUUCAAAAAUCGUCUAAAAACAACAGUAAGGUGGAGGGAGGAUGAAAAUAAGUUCAAGGAGUCCAAUUCUAGGAUUGUUCGCUGGUCCGAUGGCAGCGAGACCUUCCAUGUGGGCGGCGAGGUCUUCGAUGUGAUGCACCACCCGGUGACCAAUGACCAAAACCACAUGUAUGUCCGCCUGGAGAGCUUCUACCAACCUCAGGUACCGAUCAAGGACAAGAUGACACUGCGUCCCAAACUGGACUCCAAUUUCGGACAGACUCAUGUCCAGGGCAUGCGUAAUCGAGCCGUGAAUAAACCGCAGACGGGCAUCAAGGUGCUGAUGAACACGGGAGUUGAUCCUGGGCAGGAUCGUGAUCGUCGCGUCAAGGAGGAACUGGCCCAGCUGCGUCUCGAGGAUCGUGAGAAGCGUCGCGAUACUCAGAUGAAUCGACGCAAGCCGCCGGCUAGGUCGUAUGAGUCAGAAGUAGAAGGGUCAAACGAUGAGGACAACUUCGCGGCAGCUUCCGAAGACAAUUUGUCCGAUGAACCCCGUCCCAGCACUUCCAAGCGCAAGAACGUUCUCCAAUCGGAUACCGACGAUUGCGCUUGGCGCAAUACCAAGCCGUUGGUCUAUACCGAUUCCGAUUCAUCGGACUAGAGGGUUAACAUCCGCUCUGUACGAAAUUCCAAUAAACAUAAUGCAUUAGC